CUAUCUUGUCUAUUAUUAAAAAUGACAGCAGCCAGUGGAAAUUGAUAAAAGGUGGAAUUCGUUGUAUUUCAUUACAAAACUUUCAUGAUCUUUUAUUUAAUACCUUCUAUCAGAGGACUUGAGUAUGAUGUCAACGACAGAAGGCGAGUUAGACAUUGAAGUUCUCCAUGAAAAGGAAGAUGGGGAGUUGGAAGAUUCGGAUGUAGAGGAGGGCACGUAUAUUCCUCUGGCUCGGCCGGAGGCUUUUAACCCGCCCUCGCUUGUGCACAUGCAAAUACAAGACGAGCAGAGUGACGAAGCGUCUGCGCAAGACUCUUCGGGGUCGGAUUCAGAUGAUGAGCUUCGCCGCCGCGCCAAACGUACCAAAAUCAGGCCUCGCAGGCCGCAGCCCCAACCAAACAAAAAGGACAAAUACAAUAUUUGGUGCAAAGCUUUAGAGGAGGAUUUAUUAACAGAGGAUAUGGUCAGCUGUGAUGUAACAAAGAAAAGCAGAUAUGGCGUUGAGUCUUAUGAUUAUACUAUUAAGUAUAGAUUAGAUGAUAACUAUAUACCUAAGAAUGUUUUUAACGCUAAGGAGGAAUAUAGUGACAGUGAGCAGCUAUCAAAUAAACGAAGGCACGCUGACAGGUCAGAUGAGUCAAAGUCGAGGCAGCGUAAGAGGAUUAACAGUAAUGCCCGCAAUAGUAAACUGAAACCAAGGUUUCUUACGGAUCUCACAGUGAAUGCAGACAGCUCUGCAGACGCCAUAGCAACGGACAUUUCAGAAAAUCUUUCAGAAGAUAAAAAGGAUUUAAUAGAACGAAUUGUACAGGUUGCCGGUGCUGAAAAAGCUAUAGAGAUAUAUAAAGAAACUCAAAGAGUAGAAGCUGAUGGAGGAAUGCUUGUUAUUAACGGCACACGGCGCCGGACAUCAGGUGGGCUCUACUUUUACCUGUUGAAACGCGACCCGGACGUGUCGCACGAGAUGGCGACGCAGAUCUUCACGGAAGACAGGAAGGAGACGCAACGCAAGAUCAAACGAGCGCGAGCCAACUGCCGCCAGAAGGUCAUGGAACAACUCAAACAGAGCCUCACAGAUUCGGAGCUGCCGUCGUUGUUAUCUCGCGGCGAGGCGGCCGUGGCGUCUGAGCACGGGUCGAACCCGCCGCCGUCGCCGGCGACCGACGCGCGCGACGGCUCAAGCGACACUGACGCCGCACCCGCGCCGCCGCCCGACUCGCGCACGCACGACCCGCGCCGCCCGCAGGACUACGACGACGACGACUUCCUCGAGGUCAUGUGCAACGAGGACAUGGAUCUGUUCUAAUCCCGUCGGCCCGCCCCCGGGUGUGUUGAUGCCGUGUCCCGCUCGGCCGCGACCGGCCGGCUGUGUUCGUCUCUACGUGAGGCUGCUGGUGCUUGUUCCAUGCCCCAUAUGAACACCCUCGUGUUACUUCCGAUGGGCAAGUGAAUUUAAAGUAAAUUUUAAAGUUAAUACAGUGACAACUGUAACACGUCGAAUUUGAAUGGUAUUGGUGGAUCCUACACAUAGCAAUUGUAUACACAGAGAGAAUGUAAUUAUUAACACUUGUGAAUUAUUAAUGUUUGAUAUCAACCAUGAUGUUACACAAGUAUAAAUAUUGUGGGUUCCAAAGCUAUUUAUGUAGUUUUACAAGUUACACUAUGGACCAGCUGGGAAAAAGCUGUUUUGAUCGUAAUUGUCGUUUUACUUGCACUGUUGGUAUUUCGAUGCCGGCGGUAUGGCAGCUUUUUAUAACAACUUUUGUAUUAGCUGUAAGAUUGUAAAACUGCCAAUUUUUAAAGAUAUAAUGUACACUUAAUUUAGUACGCUCAAGUGUAUAUUUAGAAAUGGUGUCUAUUCUGGUAAUGUUUUAGAGACUCAUGGUGUUCAUAUGCGCUGUCAUACAACUUAUGAAACAUAUAAGUAAAAUGUUGAUGCUUCAUAAACAGUACAUCAACACUGUAGUAAGGCGCUUCUGCCGUUCGGUAAUGAACUCUAGAUGUAUGUACUUUGUACACCCAUCCUUCAGUAUCUGUGUUAUCAUAAAAGCAUCGAACAAGCUUGAUAGCAUUUUGUAGGAUCUAAUGACGAAUCUUCACAGUAUUAACAUUCUUCUACGAAAAAUAAAAUUAUGAUUGGUUUUGUUCGUAAUAUAUAUUCCUGAUGCUGAUAUAAGAUAUUUGUGAAUUUGAGUACAGUCAUUGAAAAAAAAGUCAUUAAAUAUUCGGCUAAUUGUCAAUGUCAUCUAUUACUUUUAGUAAAUUCCUUAUUUCUAAAGAUCAACAAAAAUCAGCGAACUUUUGAAGUAAUUAAAAAUAUAGGUUCCCAUAAAUAUCUACAAUAAUAUUGAAUUGAAUUUCAUGUUGCACCUUACAUAAAUAUGUUAUAAGCAAGUUUUACGAUUUAAAUAAUUGUUAUUAGAAUAUAAAGUGUGGAUUAAAGAUACCUUAAAAAUAGAUGUUUACUGUUUACCUAUAUGGUGAUUUGAAUAUAUUUAUUUGUAAAUUAAAUACCACUUUGUGACCAGCGCCAGAACUGUUGGCUGUCAUUGUGGAAGCGAGACGGCGCAUUACACUGCCUGUCACGCCGCCGUCGUUUCCAUAGUAAGCGCGCAGAAUAGGUUGCUUAGACGUUCUUAGAAAAAAAAACACUGAAUAUCUCUUGAAGUAAUAGAUAAAUGUCACCUGGUAUUCUUCUAUCGAUUCCCUUCAUCUGAAAACUCAGACAUCACCGAUGUGUAGUCGUUAUCUUGCUAUCUCGAUUAGAUACUUUUUCUUGCCGACACGGCACGCCAUCACAGUGAAUCGUAAUGGCCAACAGUUAACUUAUCCGCAUGGGAUAGAUGAUUUAAAACUAGGCCCAAAAACCGCUAUUUACAAUCGCCGAUGAAUGAAUGGAUGGAUUCAAUUUGACACUUUUCAUAUCCUCCUAAGCAUUUUGCCAACACAACAAUUGAAAAUUCAUUGUAUUGACAGUGAGUGUUUCGGCCCUUAAUGAAAUCUCAAUUGUAAAUGGCAGAAUUGGGCCCUGGACCAUAGAAAUUAAAUCUUCACCUUUAGAAGCAAGACAAAGUGUCCAAGUCUGUGCCCAAGUGUUAGAGUAGCGACAGGUUGACAUUUAAUUCUUAUUAGGGUUGCGUUUCAGUAUUGGGCAGUGAAAGCUUAAAACAUCACGCCAUAGUGAAACAUUUUGUUGUACCGAGAUUUGCACCUUUAUCCAUUGGUCACUUACUGAGUAAGAGUAGAAAAAAUACAGCUUACUGUAUUGAACAUAAGGUAAAUUAACAAGACUCUUGACUUACUUGCUAAGCCUUUCUUCAUUGAAUGAAAUGGUCUUAGUUGUUUUCUAGAUUGUUACCUAUUUUCAAUAGAUAUUGUAUAAGCUUUGUUUUGUAAACGAAGCUCCAUAAUAUUGUAUGCAACUUUCUUUGUAUAAAGCACAAAUCCUUGUUGAUAACUUGCUUGUUGUUCAGUUUCUCGACGUAAUUCAAACUAUAUUCCACUAAUGUUGCAAAUGGGUUGAAUUUUUGAGGCUAAAACCAUUUGUUAUGUGAUAUAAAAAUGCAUGCAUUUGUGUGAAUAGCGCCUAAAUAGUUAUAUAACUUUUUGUAAUCUUAUUUGUUCAUUUGGUUCUUCUUUCCUGCAUAAAAUAUGUAUAAUAUAGAUUUUAUGAUCUCAAAACUGUGGAGGAAUUGGAAAAUAUAUGUAUAAAACUAUAGCAGAUUUUAAAAGCUAGGAAAUCACAAAACAAAUCGGUAUUAUAAAGAAUAUAAAUAAUAAAAAAAAACUUGGGCAUUAUGGUGUUCAUAUCCGCCUAUAAAAAUAUUUUUGUUACUAAACCGAGUGUCUGUAGUUACUGGGCUGUAUAAAUAGCUGUAGAAGUAGACAAUAAAUAGCUUAUUUUUCCUCUAGGGCAACACUAUCUUGUAGUAUGGCAAUACAUUGUACCUAUUGGUUUUAAAAAUCGUAUAGGUGUAGUGUAUUACUGUAUUUUUAGAAAAUGCCUUCUUUGCCUCGAAAUAUUAGAAGGUAUUUAAUUGUAGUACAGGCUGACCACAAGUUUUUAUAAGACUGGUGUCUCAUUGAAAUUAUCUUGGAAAUUUCAUACAUAUGGCAGCCUCACACCGUUACGUACUUGAUAACUGUAACAAUAUCUAAAAUGAUUGCCUUUUUGCGAGAUCCAUAAUAAUGUCGAUUUGUUGAAAUUUAGCCCCGUUUUUUGGCUAUAAUUAAAGUUCAGGCAUAUGAUAGUCUUUAAAUCUUGUCGGUCUGACUGUAAAAUACCUGUCGUGUAUAAUAAUAGGAAUUGUGUUAAAUAUCAAUUAAUGUAUGUAACGCCAAAACGUUGAGCAGGUCUGUGCGAGUGAAGUACUUGCGAUGUACUGACUGUCUUUUAUACAAUGAAGAUGCUUUGAAGUGUUGUGAUGUUGGAAAAUGUACAGUUAUGCGAAUGUUAUCGAUAGACAGACUCGAAAGUAAUUUGUAUAAUAAAAAUGUGAAAAUCU